CAGCAGGCGGCGGUAGCGCACCUCUAAUCCCACAGGAGGAAGAAGCGAGUCAGCUGAUCACUGCAGGAAAAAGAUGUCUGUGAAGAACUGGCGAAGGAUGGAGGCUGUUUUUACCGUCGUUUUGGCCCUCUGCUCCCUGCUUACAGUCGGUGUCCAUGCAGACAGCUUCACCGUGCUGCAGGCUCCAGGGUUUGUGUCCUUCCAGAAAGGUGACUGGCCUGUGUCUGGAGAGAGGAUCCCUGACCUGGUGGCUUUAACCAUGGGCUUCUCUGUUCAAGAGGAUCUGUCGUGGCCAGGCCUUCAGGCUGGUCUGUUGUUCCAGCGGCCCCGGGCCAACGUUCUUGUGGUGGUGAGAGGAGUGGAUAGUCUGGCUCUGCCUCAAAGUGUGGCCUCAUACCCCCUAGAGAACCCCGUUCCCUUCACGCUGGAUAGUGUUGCAGAGACUGUGCACUCUUUGUUUGCUGAGGACACCCCUGUAGUGCUGCAGCUGGCCCCCAGUGAGGAGCGGCUCUAUAUGCUCGGCAAGGCCAAUGCUGUGUUUGAGGACUUACCGGUCACGUUGCAGCAGAUCCGUGCCCGUCUCUCCCAGGAUGGCUCUGUGCUGUCUUCUCUGCCCCUCAACUCCCUCAGCAGAAAUGCAGAGGCGGAUUUGCUCUUCCUGUCUGAAGUCCAAGUGCUGCAUGAUAUCACAGCUCUGCUGCAAAGACACAGACAUCUGGCUAAGGACCACUCCCCUGACCUGUACUCAUUGGAGCUGUCUGGUUUGGAGGAGCUGAGCCGACUCUAUGGUCCAGACUCCCCUCAGUACCGCGACGCCAAGGCCCUUCUCGCUUCGGUGCUUCAGAAGUUUGGACAGGAUGUGUAUGGUCUCUAUGGGAACAGCUCUGUGGUGGAGGUGGUUACAGUGAAGGCCUUUGAAGCUCCUUUGACCAGGAAGUCCCGUUCAAUUCUGGAAUCCAGACAGAUUAGUAACCCGGGCAGCCCUUACAACCUGGCCUACAAGUACAACUUCGAGUAUGCUGUGGUCUUCAACAUCGUGCUGUGGCUCAUGAUCGCGCUGGCCCUCGCUGUCAUCACCAUCGCUUACAACCUGUGGAACAUGGACCCGGGCUACGACAGCAUCAUCUACAGGAUGACCAAUCAGAAGAUCAGGAUGGAAUAAGUCCUGCCUGUGGACACUCCUUCUGUCCCCUUAGAGCCCUCUAAGUGAACGUUUGUGUUUUGUGUGAGUUCUCGUUUAGUGAAAACAAAACAAAACUGUGACAGUCUGAUGGGAGGAAGAGCGUAAUACCAGAUCACUUCUUUGUUUACAACUCUGGCAUGAAAACGUACAAAAAUAUUAACAUUUCGUUAGCGGCGCUGAAGUUUAUCUACAGCGGUAUCAUUCUUCACAAACUGAGACUUCCUCUCUACAAACUCACAGCAUUCCUUAUAAAUGUAUCUCCUCACUAGCUGCGUCUCCUUUGUUUUCCUUGGUGAUUGAAGUUGUUUUUUUUUUUUUGUUAUAAAAACCAUAUUGUAAUAUGAAAGAAUGAAAUUUAUCUGGUUUCUCUGUGAAGUUGUUUGUUGCUUUUCUCUGUGUGGGGAAACUGUUUUAAGUUAAAUUAAAUUUUAUGUGUAUAUAUUGAAUAUACAAAUGCAACUGUUUGAGAAACUGCUGUGCUCUUGUAAAAAAUAUGAAAUAGUCUUCAACGUGCUUCUGCUCCAGAUUACAGUGUGUAGGAAUACAUAAAUACUUGAUCUAAAUGUUGGUUGUUAGGAUGGGAUAAGAAUAAAAGAAGUUCUGUAAAUUGCAACACGCAAAUGACAAUAAAUUAUUAAAUGGA